AUCAGCUUUUGAACAUCUUCUCGACUACGCUUACACAUCAAAAAACUCGACAGUUUUCAGAAGAUGGUUUGAAACAGAAGGUGUAUGACUACAUUAGUAACAACUUUGACGACGUUGUGUCGGGCAAUGCCUUCCACUCCCUCCCUCGAAUGAAUGUGGACAUAGUGGGGGCUGAUGAAGACUUGCUCAGCAUGAGUUCCAAUGAUGAACUGUUCAGACUUGUCCUGGAGUGGGCGAAAAACAACCUUAAAUCAAAGACAUUGGGGAAAAUGACUGGCAACUCAGUUGGGAAAUACAUGUUGUAUCUCAAUGCUGACAAUGUACUUACGGACUGCAGUCAGCUAACGGAAUCUGAUGCCCUCGACAGCUGUCAGAUUGUACAGGACUACAAGAAAGUGUUCCGUAAGACAAGCGGAAAUCAGUCAAAACCGAUGGGAAGUGUUCCGCGUUCUCCAAAUAUUAAAAGAUUCAGUAUCCCUUUGGAAGCCGCAUCCAUCAAGGAUAGCGAGUGGAAGGUGGUGGCCACAUCUCAGAAGUCUGAUCAGAUGUAUUCAGCCUUGGUUGUGCUUGAUGACAAAAUGAUGACAAUGACAAUCAGAUUUGUCAAAGAUCUGACAAGUGAACAACCAGAAAAGCCUGAGUCGCCAAAAGCAGAGUGCCCGCCCAAUCUGAGGAAGAAGUUUGAAGGGCGUCAAGCUUCUCUUGUCCCCCUGGAAAGAAUGAGCUGUGCCCGCUGCACAAUGGGAGUGUUGGUGGUACAGGGCAAGCUCAUUGUCUGUGGUGGUUACGACCGUGGCGAGUGUAUGGACACGGUGGAGACCUAUGACAUGGAGACCAAUCAUUGGAAGCCGCUGCCCAACAUGAGGACUCAGAGAGGCCGAUUCGAUGUUGCUGAGCUACAUGGCAAACUUUAUGCCUGUGGAGGGUCGAACGGGAGCGUUGAGCUGUCAUCUGUCGAGUGUUUUGACUUUGAGGAACAGAAGUGGUCUUACGUUGCGAGCUUGAGAGAUGUCCGAUCCAAUUGUGGGGUGGCUGCUCUGAACGGGAAGCUGUACUGUGUCGGAGGUCGCACUGCCGUGUCUCCAGUGAACACAUGUGAAGUGUACAACCCUGAGGAAAACAAAUGGUCCAAUAUAGCAUGUAUGAAUUUCCGUCGUUCCCAAGCCUCUGUGUGUGCGUUUAACGGUCACCUAGUGGCUGCAGGGGGAAGCGACUCUUGGCAUUGUCACAAUACUGUGGAGAUGUAUGACCCUGCCACGGACGCCUGGGAACUAAUGGCUCCACUGAACACAGCACGCCGUGGCGCCGGCAUCGGAGUCCUUAAUGGUAAGCUGUACGUUGUUGGUGGCAAUGAUGGUUCACAUUCGUUGGCAUCUGUGGAAAUUUACCAUCAGGACAACGAAUGCUGGACGAUGGGCCCCGCCUUGACAACACCUCGAGCAAAUGUUGGACUGGCCGUGCUCGGAAAAAAUCUGAUGGCAGUCGGUGGGUUUUCUGGCAAACAUUUCCUCAGCACGAUUGAAUAUCUCAACGAAGACGAGGAUAGUGAAUGGUGCACGUUUGUUCCCGCACAGUCACAGGUCAUCACAGAAAAGGUUCGCGAGAAAAGAUUGUCGGACGAGCUCGAAGGGAAGACAACAGAGAACGGCACAAAUGGUGUGAAUGGCGUAGAAAAUGGAUCGAAUGGAGCAUGUGAAAAUGGAGAAGUCUGUUCAAAUGGUGUGAAUGGCCAACAAAAGCACGUUUCUGCAAAUGGGUUGGUUGCAGCUCAGUAAAGCACCACAAAAGAAAUCGAAACAACGGUCACAUUGUCAAAAUUGUGACCUAUAGGGUAUUGUGUUACCUCCCUUUGGAAGGUGGAAAAAGUCCCCUGUCAAACCUUUGUGCUCACUUUCAUUGAAAACUUUACAUCACUUCCUAUUGAGGGAAUUCUGGGAUAUUAGUUUUGUAGAUUUUGACAUGGGUGAAUUUUGAACUUUAAAAAAAGUUUGAAAAGUUUUUCCUUGUGUGUGUUUGUAUCAAUGUGAAUUUUAUCGUGUUUUAUAUCUUUUGAAAACAUCAUCAUACACUGAACUCAAUCGAUUAUAGGUAACAAGAGGUUAUUAAAAUCAAUUGAAUUAGUGAAGUAGUUUACUGGAGAUGCUAAUUGUUAAAUUGCAAUGACAUAGAACAGUAAAGUUGGUGUAGUUGUACAUGAAGAAUUUAUUUUAUGCACACUUUCCAUUGUUAAAAUUCUAUGUCUGGCUUUUCCUGUGCUGUGUUUUGUUUUUAAAGAUCUGGUACAUUUAAACAUCUCUACUUCAGUUUUUGUUUUUAAAAGAAAAUGAAAUAGCCAAGAUUUUGUGUCUUGGUUCCUGUAUUUUAAUUUGUAAUGACCCUUGUACUUGUAUUUUCCCCGAGUGUGCUUACAUGUAGUUUUUCAGGCUGUUUUUUGUGUCUUAGUAACAUAAUUUUGUGUGUUUAGUUUUUCAGGUUCAUUGAAUUUCAGUGUUUUUUUUUUUUUUUUUGUUUAUUGUCAUAUAUUGCAAGGUCAUGAAGUAUUUAUCGCAAUUUUUCAAACUAUUUCAAUCUGUCUUGUCACAUAAAAUCCUGGAUGUUUUAAUAUGAAAAUGGGUGAUGAUAAGCUGUGAGUACAAAUGAAUCCUUCAAAGCAAACUACGUUACUGAUUAUUGUUUUUUUGACAUACGCAUUGAGUUUUGUUUUCAACAAAGAAGCGCAGCCAUCCAAGGCAUCUGAUUGUGAUUUCACAAAGUGAUUUUUAGUUCAAGUCAAAAUUCGAAAUGUGGUUUCAGCACUUGUUGUGAAGAUGUGAAUUGUAGAUGAGGAGAACUUAUCAACAAAUUUGUCAAAAUUUAAGCCGCUGCUCCAUAGGGAAAUUAAGAUUUUAUAGUUUUACUUGACUGAUAAAAUCACUUUGCAGAAUCUGCUGCUGUUCACCCAGUUAUGAUUUUGGUGAUCCCUUAAUGAUCUCUUUAGGUAGAAUUUUCAUUACAUUAUAGUGCUUUAAACCAACCAUCAGGUCAGUACGUAAACUUCUAGAAGUGCACAGAAACAAAGCUGACAGGCUGUUGUGUGAGGUUGAACAGAUUAAAACUAAACAGUGGGGUUCGCCAGCCUUCUACAAAUGGAAGCAAAUCUUGUAACUGAUAAAACAGCAGUGCCCUCUAUCUGUUUGAAUAACAGUGUCAGCUUUUAUUAUUCAUGAUUACUGGUGAUGGUAUUGAAAUUUGUGGUGUUGUUAUUUAAGUAGGUAUAGGGCACUACUGUUUUAUCCGUUACAAGAUUUUCUUCCUUUUGCAAUGGGCUGGCGGACUCCAUUGAAUUUUUCAUUUGCUGGGCAAGUUUUGUGCGGGGAUAAUCCAAGUACCGGUUGGCCAGGCCCGCAUAUUUAAUGAUCAGUGUCUGUGACAUGACAUUCCAGUGAGUCUGCACUAUGAGGAAACACCUAUCUGAUAUAACUGUAAUAACAUUGAAGAUGACCAAACCCUAAUGCCAGCAAGCUAAAGAACAGACUCCAAAGACUAAGCUAAAGUAGUGGUACAGUUCAUUGAUUUGCUGUGUAGUCAAGUGUUUCAAAAACGAUAGCUAGACAUCAACCAAUCAGCUGCCUGCUCAGAAAGCCAAUCAACAUUGAUUUUGCUUCUGCUGAUUUUGUUGGGGUUUUUUUGUUAUUGGUUAAUAUCUGUCCAUUAUUUCUUUGUGAUGUCAACUUCCUUGGAAAUGUGAACGUUUGACUCAAACCAACCAAAAAGUUUAAGUUCAGGAAAUGCACCUCAUUGAUUCCAUAAGAAUAGUUAAAACAGUUGGGCAUGCUCUGCUUACAGUUAUGUGUUGGGCGAAAGGUCACAUGGGUUAAAAGGGCAGGCAAGUAUUAAGCGAGGUGUAGAGGGGCAGAAAAGGUGAAAUUAGUCCCGAUAUAAGAAGUUUUAUUUAAUGUUUUACAGGUGGAAAUGAAUUAUGGGAGUUGAAAAGAUUCAGCUGCAGAUUUUGUGGAAAGUCGUGUUUCAAUGAAAGUCACGUCACUUGACCAAAUUCUCAACUGUAGGACUCCCUUAAGAUUAUGCUUUAUAGGUAUUAAAUGAAUUUUAAGUGUGGGAGAAAACAUUUUGGUCCCCAUAGUAACAUUGUCCAGUAUUGGAGAUUUUACAGUCCCAUUUCUGGUGAACUGCAAGGGUAAGCUGAAAACUUUUCAGCCCGAGGUAUUUUACAGAAAAAUUGGCAGGACAUGGUGAUGUGUCUUGUAUGAUUACUCAGAGAGUGUAAUGAUCUUAAUGACUUGUGACUUCCUUGAUAUAUCCAUAAUGAGAUUCUUAAUUAAGAAUCAACAUACAGAGUGGAUAGGAUGACUCUUAGUACCUCAGGCUGGGAACUUUUCGGUCUUCGCCUUUACACGUACCGUCUUACAUUGUACAAGAGAACUGUUCUUUUUUUUUAGUUUUACAUGGAAAUGAAUUAUAAUUUACAUGAUGGAUCUCUGAGAGUAUUUUGACACAAUUUAAAUGGAAAGAUAUGUUUGUGUUUUUUUCUCAAUUGUCAAGAGUUUCAAGAACAAGCGUUUUCAACGUUGUACAUGUACUGGUUUGUAAAUUUAUGUCACAAGGCGAAGAAGGCCGCCCUGUAAGAUUUAAUUUGAAUUGUUGGUGAUGAGUGAUAAAAGAGAAAUAAAAGUUUGUGUUUUUAAUAAACCUCUACAGAAGGAACACCACAGUGAGGCAUCGAUUCUGAACUUAAGCCGCAAAAAGCAUGCUUUUUUUUAUGCUGCAAACGUGUAUCUCUUGGGUAAUGCGAUGUCUUUUCCUCCUAGAGACUGUCCAUUGCAAAGAAAUGUUGGUAAUUGAUAGAGUGUGAGUAGCUUUUAAUUCUGUGGUCUUAGCGCUUGAAAGAGUAGACAGUAUCUUAUUAACACUUGUAGGACUAAAUACAUUUCUAUCAUUAAGUAUUGCAAGAGAGAUUAGUAUUAAUUUUUCAGUUUUUUUUUGGUCUCCUCGAAUAAAGUAGAUUAAGAAAUUGUUUCCAAGAUAACUGUCUGGAGCUGAGUCCUCAACACCACAUCUCGUUGGUGUCAAAAUUUGAAAUACAGUUUAAGAACUUAGUUUGGGCUCUGGACAUUACAUUUUUUAUAUCAUCAAUAUAGUCAAGACAAAUGGAUCAAACUUUCAACUUCCAAUACCAAACACGCAAGAGGUUGUAAAUUUUGACUAGAGUGAGAAAUGGCUUUUUGGAAUCGGCCCCAGAGCCCUGAUGUUUGGGGAUUCAUCUGUGUUGGUGACUAUUAUACUAUUGAUUUUCUAUGGGGUAUUUGUCUGCAAGAUGUAUUUCUCUUUUUAUCAUCUUUCAAAGUUUGUCUCUACACAAUAUAGCUGCAUUAAUGCCAAAGCGGCAUUGUCCUGCUUCUUGACAUUUUUAAGUUGUUUUGCCUCUCUUCCGAUGACCUGUGAGGUUGUCUUAUUUUUUUUUUCUUGCAUCAAACAGAUGUGCAUGAAGUCUUUACCCUUCUCAGUUUACUUCUAUCAUUCCCCUGAUAUCCGAACGGUUGUGCACAUUUGGUAUCUUUUAGAUUGUUUUCCUUUCAUCUGAUUGUCUAAUACUGACAUAAAUUUGCAUGUUCAUUAUGUUGCAUCCUGGGAAAUUACAUAAGAACACGAUUCCUCUUGAUCCUUCUUCAAAUCCUACAUUUGUGACCAUAUUACACGAAGUCCUUGUUGAUUUGUGGGGAAGGUGUGGUGAUAGUGGGAAAAGGGAGGGGGGUGGGGGGGGGGUGUUCUUGACUGAAAAAAUUCAUAGAAGUGUGAUUGUAUAUUUUCAUAGAUAGAUUUUGAUGGGGGUAGGGUUGUAAAGUGAGAUAUUUUUCCAGCAGUUCAAGAGAGAAAUUACUACACUUGUAUGAAUGUGCUUCGCAUUGCUCUCUCUCUCAUUUUUGAUUUUGUCAUACUCAAUUGGGGAACUGAAAGUCUUGUGACCCUGUAUUAGCUUACUGGUCCCCUUUUGUUCUCUUGGGCCCACACUGUUGUGAACCUGCAUUAGCUUACUGGUCCCCUUUUGUUCUCUUAGUCCCACGCUGUUGUCAGCCUACAAGGUUUUGCAUGUGCUCUAGAUAACACCUAGAUAUUAACGUACACAGGUUCUGCUAGCUUCCUAGUCCAAAAUGAUAAUUUCUUACUUUAGAAUUUCUUUUGAUGUGAAAGAUACCCAUAGUAUAAACAUGGGAAAUGUGAGAUGAAGCAGUGAUAUUAGUAUAGGUUUCAGAUAUUAAAGAUCAUUUGGUUUUUCAUAGGUGAAAUUCCAUAGUUCAGUGCAGAACUUUGUCAACAGUGGAGGAUUGAGUGUGAUGGUUUUCAAAGAGAUCUGUCUGGUUUACUCUUAGUAAAACUUGAAGUUCAGUGUAAAAACAUGAAUAAAAUAACAGGUUAUUUGCACAACUUAAGAACAUCUUUUCAGGUGAGUCUUAAAGGCUAUAGGUUUGUGUGUUUGUAGCCUUAGACAAUCAGUUACCAAACGUUAGAACGACACCACUUACUGUUGAAGUGUUCACCACGAUAUUGAGGGCAUGUGAUAUAAAUGUAAAGAGAAGAAAACUCUGGGCUGAUCUCAGUGACUGGAUACGAUGAAAUUUGUUAUUACCUGCAAGUGCGAAAACACGUUUUUUUGGGUCAAAUAAAAAUGUUAAACCAUA